UUCAACAUGGUGGCCAUAAGUUGUUUUUCGAUUAGACGUGAUCUAUAGAGUGCCUUUUUAUGUUCGUUAUGGGUUGAUUGAAAUAGAAUAACACAGCGAAUAUGUAUAUCAGGGGACCGCAUGCGUUCUGUUGCAAUGGUGAAUUGUACGAGGCAUUAAUUGACGAGAAAUCCGGGGUAAACAUGAAUGUUUACGGUGUGACCAGGAGUAAGACUUCGCCAGCUGGGUUGACAUUACAUGGGAACAUCGUGUUUACGCCGAAAGGAAAACGUCUGAUCAUCUUAAAAGCUGGCACUUUCAUAGAUGCGGAUAGUGGAGUACAGAAACCAUUCCUCCUUGUUCGUGAUGACUUGUCGCAGACCCAUUACUUAUUAACCGUGACGAACACUACAGGUAACGAAAACAAACCGGGGAAAUACAAACUCGUGGCAAUACGGAGGUUGGCUUUUAUGAGAGACGACGUGGUUAAUAAUAUUAGAGUUGUUGAUGGUCCACUGAUUGUUUGGACAUGUGAUAAAAGCGUCAAUAUAGGAUUCACCACAAAACAAGAGCAAACAAUUUUAGAGAAGCAAUCAUUUCCAGUUUUAGACUUAGAAAAACAAGUUUCUCAUUUUACUGUGAUCUCAACAGUGUCAACUAAUGAUGAACUUUUUAUGUUUAUAAAAUAUUCAUGUAAAAAGCAUCAGAGUGAGGAAGAAGAUUUAUUUCAAGGAUUUGAAGGAGAUGAAACAUCACUGGAUGUGUGGUCAGUAAGACUCGAUACAGACGAGAACUCAUGGACUCAGAGGAAACUUGAUUCCUCACACUUUUUACCAAAACAGUAUGCAGGUACUAUUGUUGAUUGCCAGGUGAAGAUUAAAUUCCCCAGUUCAUCAAAUGGACAGGAACAGAUGGAAAGUGAUGUUGUGUUGUUAUUGGAUGGAGGGUAUAUAGUUACACUCAUGAAUGGACGGCUGUUGAACUGUUGCCAGGUUAACACCAGUUUAACAAGUUUCCAAGAAUGGUGUUUUGUUGGCGUGUUUGAUGCUACAACUGUUGUGAUAAAAACGUCUCCAUUAGAAGCGAUCAUAGUGGAUACUGGAAAUGGAAAGGUAACUAAGACAUGGUCAGAAGUGUCUAACGUCAUGAUUGGGGACUUCCUACAGUAUGGACAUCCUCAGAUACUUGUCACCUUCACUGAGGAAUCAUCACAUGAUGAAGGGAACUCCUGGAUGCUGACUGAUCUAGCAAUGUGUGAAAUACACUCCAAUCAGUGGACAUCUGGGAUGGAAGAUGACCACAGUGAUGACAGCAGUAGUAAAGGAAAGGGCACUAGCUCUCAAGGCGCUGUUUAACAAUCUGCAGAGUUCAACAACAAACCUGUGUAGUGCAGAGCAGCAUCUGUCCAACAAGGUCAAGUUCCUUCACAGCACCUGGGCUCAUCUUCAGCAGCUGAGUGGAGGAGGGGAGACAACUCUUCCUCUGCCAGAGGUUCCACUAUCAACCUUGAAAGAUGAUGGUUCAUUGAAGGCCAAUAUAACAGACCCGAAGCUUCCCGGGAUAAAGACUACAGUCAGCUGGCAGACAUCUGUUGGCUGUCUCCAUGUCAUUGGUGUUGAUGUACACAAUGGCUCAAACAGUUUCAUAUGUUACAGGACUCUUCAUUGCUGCACACUGUCACUGGUUCCACAUUCAACAAUGACAGAAGCCCAGGGUAUGGCAUCUGUAUCAAAAUGGCUGCCACAUGUGUCUUCUGAUAACACAGAUUAUACCAGAACAUCUGAAACACAUUCAGCCAAGAGGCUGAAGCUGAACCCUCCUAUAACUCUACCUACCAUGCAGCAGAAGGAACUGCCUCUCAGACCAGGUGACAGGAAGACGUUAACUGUCAGCUUUGAUGGAGAGGAGGUUCGUGUACAAGAUGGCUGGAGGUUGUGGGUGUUCCUGACGUCCAGGGAACAUGUUCCUACUGUGUCAGAGUCUGGAGAUCAAAUGGAAGGAAGUCACAGAGAACUGACAGUUUGUUGUGGAUCCGUGGCCAUGACGACAGAUGAUUAUCUCAAGGGCACAUAUGCAAUUGCACCAGAUUUGACAAGUGGCAGCGUGAGAGAUCCUGUGAUAAUACAGGCAUCAUUGUCAGCAGUUCAGACUUGCAACACUCUGGUGCUGACAUCAGCCUUCACAGACCUCACACAUACUGCUGGCAUCAUUGAGGCUCAAACACACUUUCAGCAUGCAACCUCCCUAGACUGUCUGUGUCCUGUCAACUGUCUCCCUCUACAGUAUGUCAGGAUCACAUCUGUGUGUGUGCUGUCACAGACUAAAGUCUGUCUUUGUGUGUGGACAAGGUAGGUGUGACACGUCAACGCCUCUACAGUAUGUC